CUUUGCUCAGAACGAGAAGGGGGAAGCGCCAAGAUGGAGGCCGCGGGUGGCUAAAGCGACUAAACCGUUACUAUCGCAAUAAACAUUAAGACGUGUAUGGUUCUUGAAAAAGAACGUUUUAAAGAAGAACCUGGCUCGCUGUUGAUAGCUAGCUAGCUAGAUAACUCUGCAUUGGAUAUUGUUGUUUAGCCAGUCACCAUGGCGACGGACAUCGGCUCCCCGCCGCGGUUCUUCCACAUGCCACGGUUCCAGCAUCAGGCACCCCGCCACCUCUUCUACAAACGGCCUGACUUUGCCCAGCAGCAGGCCAUGCAGCAGCUCACCUUCGAUGGUAAGCGCAUGAGGAAGGCUGUCAACCGCAAGACCAUCGACUACAACCCCUCCGUCAUCAGAUACCUGGAGAAUCGAUUGUGGCAGCGAGACCAUCGGGAUUUUCGCGCCAUCCAGCCUGACGCCGGAUGUUACAAUGACCUUGUUCCACCAGUUGGUAUGCUGAAUAAUCCCAUGAAUGCUGUCACCACCAAGUUUGUCCGAACCUCCACUAACAAAGUUAAAUGUCCUGUCUUUGUCAUAAGGUGGACUCCUGAGGGCCGGCGGCUGGUAACCGGGGCCUCCAGUGGAGAGUUUACGCUGUGGAAUGGGCUGACCUUCAACUUUGAGACCAUUUUACAGGCACAUGACAGUCCGGUGCGUGCUAUGACCUGGUCACACAAUGACAUGUGGAUGCUGACGGCCGACCACGGAGGCUACGUGAAGUACUGGCAGUCCAACAUGAACAACGUCAAGAUGUUCCAGGCUCACAAGGAGGCCAUUAGAGAAGCCAGCUUCUCACCCACCGAUAAUAAAUUUGCCACGUGCUCAGACGACGGGACUGUGCGAAUCUGGGACUUCCUACGCUGUCAUGAGGAGAGGAUCCUCAGAGGUCACGGUGCAGAUGUGAAGUGUGUGGACUGGCAUCCGACCAAGGGCCUGGUGGUCUCUGGCAGUAAAGACAGCCAACAGCCAAUCAAGUUCUGGGACCCAAAGACAGGCCAGAGUUUGGCUACACUCCACGCCCAUAAGAACACAGUGAUGGAGGUGAAGUGGAACCUGAAUGGUAAUUGGCUGCUGACGGCAUCACGUGACCACCUCUGUAAACUGUUUGACAUCCGGAACCUGAAGGAAGAGCUCCAGGUGUUCAGGGGACACAAGAAAGAGGCUACAGCUGUGGCCUGGCAUCCUGUCCAUGAAGGCCUGUUUGCUAGCGGAGGCUCUGAUGGAUCCCUCCUCUUCUGGCAUACAGGGGUGGAGAAAGAGGUGGGUGGUAUGGAGAUGGCUCAUGAGGGAAUGAUCUGGAGUCUGGCCUGGCACCCACUGGGACACAUCCUCUGCUCUGGCUCCAACGACCACACCAGUAAAUUCUGGACGAGAAAUAGACCAGGUGACAAGAUGAGGGACCGAUACAAUCUCAACCUGUUGCCAGGAAUGUCAGAGGACGGUGUGGAAUAUGAUGACCUGGAGCCAAACAGCAUAGCGUCCAUUCCUGGCAUGGGGAUCCCAGAGCAGCUGAAAGUUGCCAUGGAACAGGAACAGAGUGCAGGCAAAGAGGCUGCUCCUGAGGUUGAGAUGUCCAUCCCAGGUCUGGACUGGGGCAUGGAGGAGGUCAUGAAUAAAGACAUGAAAAAAGUCCCACAGAAGAAGGUUCCCUAUGCCAAGCCAAUCCCCGCCCAAUUCCAACAGGCUUGGGCUGAGAAUAAGGUUCCUGUGCUGCCCCCUGGUAGUGAGUUGCCCAAAGAACGUAAAGUGGAGCAGAAGGUGGAUGGAAAGAAGACCCAGGCAGAGAUAGAGCAGGAGAUGGCUGCCCUGCAGUACACAAACCCCAUGCUGUUAGAGCAAAUGAAGAUGGACAGGAUGAACCAGAUGAACUCAGACAGCAGCAUGGCUCCUCCCUCAGGACAAGGCCCUAUGGCCCCUUUCUCUGGUCCCGGGGGCCCCAUGGCUCCUCCCCCCCAAGGCUUCCCUCAGAACAUGCCGCCUCAACAGAUGGCCCACAACAUGGGUCCUCCCAUGGGCCUGCAGCCCCCUUUCAUGCCCCCUCAACAGAUGGGACCGCCCUCUGGGCCUCCUCCUCACCAAGGGCCCCCUCAGGGUAUGAUGGGGCCCCCAGACAUGCAUGGACCACAAGGGAUGCAGAGGCAUUCUGGCCCCCACAGAAACAUGGGCCCUCAGGGGCCACAUGGCAUGGCCCCAGGACCCAGGGGAAUGCAAGGGCCUCCUGGGGGAAUGAUAGGACCACCUCCACGGGGAAUGGGUCCUCGGGAUCCCCAAGGGCCACCUCCUCAGGGGAGCAUGAUGCCUCCCCAAGGGAACAUGAUGGGCCCCCAAGCCUCUAUGCAGGGUGGGAUGAUGGGCCCUCUUCCAAGGACACACGGCAACAUGCCAAACAAUUAUGGGAUGGGCAGCAUGCAGGGCCCGCUCCCAGGAGGGAUGCAUGGACCUCCAGGAAAUAUGCAGCCCCCACCCUCAUACAUGCAACAUCAGGGCCAGAACUCUGGGCCUAUGAUGCAUGGGAUGGGACAGCAAGGCCCCAGCAGUAAAGGCGAAUCCCGUGGGCCUCCACCCAACCAUCACAUUGGUCCCCCUUCAGACCGCCAGGGGCCUGGGGGUGCUGGUGGGCCAGGGGCUCCAGACCAGGGCUCGGGGUCUUAUUGGGGAGAUGGCCAGCAGGGGCGGCGUGGGCAGCAGGACUUUGAGGGAGGACAGGAGUUUCACAGUCGGGGCGAGGAGGGCUGGCGACAGGGACCCAGCCAGAGCUACCAGGGUGGAGGUCACAGGGGAGGAGGGAAUGGAGGAAGCUGGGGUGGAGAAGAGAGAUUCCCCCGUGAGAGCGGAGAGUUCCGUGGGCGCAGGGAUGAGAGGUUCAGAGGAAGUGGGCCCGGGCGUCCCGGGAGCCGAGGGUAUACUGAUGAAUAUGGCAGCCAGGAGGAGAGCUUUGACUCCUCUGACGAGAUGGGACGAGGCUGGGAUGGCGGUGGCAGGGGGAGGCCGUCCCGUGCUGGGGGUCCACCCAGAGGAGGAGGUCAUGAAGGUUACCGGGAAGGUCAGACCAUGCAUGACGGCUCCUCCCCUGCCAGCCGGGAGCGCUCUUCCUCCCUUCAGGGAAUGGACAUGGCCUCACUCCCCCCACGCAAACGCCCCUGGCUUGACGGCCCUGGCACUGGAGACCCACGAGACAGAGAAUCCCCUGGGUCAGGACCUGACGGACAAGGUCGCUCCUCGAUGCGGGAUGAGGGAGGCUAUGGACCAUCAGGACGAGGGGGUCGAGGGAGCUGGGGUUCGGGUGGGGGUGGUGGCUCAGGACCGACGCCCAGGAGAAGCAUGACCAGAGGAGCAGCUAGGGGAGGCCGAGGUCGGUAGUUCUGGAGAAAGACUCCCCCAAACCCCCUCCUCCUCUUCCAUACAGAGACCAGAGGAUGGAGAGCUGAAGCAGAGACUUCUGUCUGUGGGAUCCCGGUGGAGGCUCCACUGAUGUGUAUUGGGCUGGAGAGAAGAGACAACAACUCUGUGGAUGUGUUUAACGAUCACUAUGGCGAUAAGCCCUGCCCACAGAGCUGUGAUUUGACUCUUACUUGUCUCCGUGGGGGUGGUGAUCUUAACUGAUUGACAUGGGAAGUAACAACAAUGACCUGCCAGAAGGGACGAUGUUUCUCCGUCAGUAAAAUUGUUUGUCACCAGUUUGGGCAGGACUCUAUGAGAUACGAGACUGUCCGAAAAUGUACCAACCACGACCACUUUCUUUGUGUUUCACCAGCCGAGUAGAUCGUUCCUUUUUUAUCAGAGUAGCACCUCCACAGAGUGGCUGGUUCCCUGUCAGUGGUUAUCUGGUAGACUAGACAAACGUAUCAGCCACGACCAAACCGUACCAGCGUUUGACUGGUGGCCGGUAGUUACCCAUCCCUCCUGACGGGGACCAAGUUUGGAAACCAAACUGUUGACUGGCAGUAAAAACAGAACCGUGGCUUUGAAUGUGUCAUUCCCAGCGCCCUCGGCUCCAUUCAUGUAAUUUUUAAUACUGGAGAGAAUUAUCACUGUCAUUGACAGGCACCCUCAGAUCUCAAGGUUUUCUUCUUCCUGUGUUUCUAAAUGUACAGUUUGUCUUGAGAUUGUUCCUGUUUUUGUCCAUUUUUGUAUAAGGCCUAUAAUAGAGUUUGUGCAAAGUU